CCCUGCAGAGGAUCCUGAGACAGCCCGUGGAUGUCCCACUGCCUCUGCCCACAGCUACCAUGAAGGUCUCCACCGCUGCCCUUGCUGUCAUCCUCGCCAUGGCCGCCCUCUGCGCUCCAGCAUCAGCCUCCCCAUAUGCCUCGGACACCACACCCUGCUGUUUUUCCUACCUCUCCCGCCCGCUGCCCCGCGCCCACCUCCAGGAAUAUUUCUACACCAGCAGCAAGUGCUCCAUGGCAGCAGUCGUCUUUAUCACCAGAAAGAACCGCCAGGUGUGUGCCAACCCAGAGAAGAAAUGGGUGCGGGAGUACAUCAACUCCUUGGAGUUGAGCUAGGAUGGAGGAAGCCUUGAGCCUGAACUCGUGCAAACUUUCCUACUGCUUCUUGCUCUUGUCCCAGCCAGCUUGGGAGGCUCUCCCCUGGCCCCAUGCCCUCCCCCCACCUCCUCCUGGGAGGGCACAGACUCCACCACUUACAGCAGCUGCUGUAAAACCUCCCAGGGCUCCUGGGGGUCUCCUGCCUUGUGCCCAGAAGAUCUCUAGGCUCCGAACUUUGGACCCUUGGCACAGCCACGACUCUGCAGUCAGCACCUCUGGAGGUGAAGAGGAGAGGGAGAAGGGGCUCCUACACCCUCCGUGGCCAGAGCACCCACCCUGGCCUCUCACUGGGAAAGGAUGACUGGCAAAUGUGAGAAAUCAGUUUUCCAUUAAAAUCCUCAAUGCAAUUGCAAA